CAAAAUAAACAGAGAAGUUAAUUUAAGAGGAGGAGCAAAAAAGUGGUUGUACUUCAAGCAACAUAAAAGGAGCCAAGCGUCGUCUAAAUUACUUGUUAGAAGUAAGGUAUUUGUUAAAGAAGAAGAAAGUUAAAAGAAAUUAAUGGAAGGAUUGGAUUACUUGAGUGAUGAAAGGAAGAAGGCGGAGUUCGAUGUGGAAGCCAUGAAAGUAGCAUGGGCUGGCUCUCGUCAUGAAUUUCAAGUUGCCGAUCGCAUGGCUAAACUUGUUGCUAAUGAUCCUGUCUUCGAGAAAUUUAACAAGCCUAUGCUUGGUCGGAAAGAAUUGUUCAAGAAUGCUCUUAGAAAAGUAGCUUAUGCAUGGAAGUUGAUCAAUGAUCUUCGCCUAUCUGACGAAGAGGUCAAAUGGUUGCGAGAAUAUAUCGACGAACAUAAUUACACUGAUCUUCAUUGGGAAAUGUUCGUCCCAUCCCUGGAGGGGCAGGGCACAUUGGAACAAAAAAAUAAAUGGUUGCCACUAGCCAAAACAAUGCAAAUCAUUGGCACUUAUGUUCAAACAGAACUUGGUCAUGGUUCCAAUGUUCAAGGACUUGAGACAACUGCAACAUUUGAUCCCCAAACCGACGAGUUUGUAAUUCAUAGUCCUACAUUAACUUCAAGCAAAUGGUGGCCUGGUGGAAUGGCUAAAGUGGCCACACAUGGUAUUGUUUAUGCACGCCUCAUAAUCGACGGUCAAUAUUAUGGAGUUCAUGGUUUUAUCGUCCAACUAAGGAGCUUGGAGGAUCACUUGCCUCUUCCUGGCAUUACUGUCGGUGAUAUCGGGCUGAAAUUUGGACACGUGGCAUAUAACACCAUGGACAAUGGCGUGUUAAGAUUUGAUCACGUACGUAUUCCAAGAAACCAAAUGUUGAUGAGGGUGUCACAGGUUACAAAGGAAGGAAAAUACAUGAAAUCUAACGUUCCUCGACAACUCAGUUACGGAACUAUGGUUGGUGUUAGGCAAAAGAUUGUUUUUGAUGCUUCCACGGCAUUGUCUCGUGCAGUUUGUAUUUCUACAAGAUAUAGUGUUAUCCGUAGACAAUUUGGGUCACAUAAUGGCGGACCCGAAACCCAGGUGAUUGAUUAUAAAACUCAGCAAAAUAGACUCUUUCCUUUGCUGGCUUCCGCUUAUGCCUUUAGAUUUGUUGGUCAAUGGUUGAAAUCGUUGUAUAUCGAUGUGAAGCAAAGAUUAGAUGCUAAUGAUUUCACGACUUUACCUGAAGCCCAUGCAUGUACUGCAGGUUUGAAAUCGUUGACGACUGCUGCAACAGCUGAUGGAAUUGAGGAAUGUCGAAAACUAUGUGGUGGUCAUGGCUACCUUCUUAGUAGUGGGCUUCCUGAUUUAUAUGCAGUUAACGUUCCCGCUUGUACAUAUGAAGGGGAAAAUGUUGUCCUCCUGCUGCAGGUUUCAAGGUUUCUAGUGAAGACAGUCUCAGAGUUGAAGUAUAAACAGCCAGUUGGGACAACAGCUUACCUGGGACGUGCGACAGUUUUGAUGCAAAAGAAUUGUGUCGUUCAAACUUCUGAGGACUGGCUAAACUUUGAUGAAAUAUUGAAAGCGUUUGAAGCAAGGGCUGCUAGAAUGAUUUUUGAUUGUUGUCAAAGGUUAGCCAAGUUUGAAAAAUCGGAAGAAGGUUUUGCUGAACUAUCACCUGAUUUAGUUGAGGCAUCACUUUCUCACUGCCAAGUAAUUGUGGUGUCCAAGUUCAUCGAGAAAUUGCAACAAGAUAUUCCUGGAAAAGGAGUCAAACACAUGUUAGAGUUGUUGUUUUACGUGUAUGCAUUGUUUCUUCUUCACAAGCAUCGAGGAGACUUUUUGGCCACGAGGUAUCUUACGCCCAAACAAGUCUCGCUUGCUAAUGAUCAACUUAAAGCUUUGUACUCUAAGGUACGUCCAAAUGCAAUAGCAUUGGUGGAUUCAUUUAACCACUCGGAUCACUACCUCAGUUCGGUUCUUGGACGUUAUGAUGGGAAUGUGUAUUCAAAACUAUAUGAGACCGCUAUGAAAGAUCCUUUUAAUGACUCAGUAGUAGCUGAUGGCAUCCAUGAAUAUGUCCAGCCAAUUUUGAAGCAAACGCUACACUCUGCUAAGCUAUAAAAUGUUAUUAUUAUGGUAAGAAUAAAGUCAAGAUUUGGUUUAAGGUAAUCCAAUAACAUUUGAGUUCAAGUUGGAAGAGCACGUCGUCUUUUAACCUUUUGUAACCAUUAUACGAAUAUAUGCUAAAAUGCUAAUGCGCGCAUAUAUGCUGAUCUCGUAAUGAAACAAUGGUAUCAUAGAUUGUAAACUAUAAGAUUUGCUUGCAUAAUAGCUAUGACGUUUUGAUUGUUGCGUUCCUAAA